GUCACUAAAACCAAUUCACGAGACUUAAGAUUUUGCAUUACAUUCUUGAAGAAAUAUUACAUGAAUAUUCAUGUAAUGUUAAUGUCAUCUCUAUCUUGACAAUUUGCUAUUGGUGAGGAUAUCCUGCGCUGAUGAUGAGAGUGCAUCUGAGCCUGACUCAUCAUUUUCUAUCAAUUUUGAUAUUAAUUCACGCUUCUGCGUGACAAUUUCUGAUUGGUAUUUGUAUUUUUGGAAAAAGUUUUGUACCAAACAACAAUGAUGAAUUUAUUUUCUAGUUUGCAACCGAUAAUGGUAUAGUUAUUUUCUCGAGUCAUGGGUAGGAAGGGAACUAUUUUACCUAACACAAAAAACUUACCGCAAAUGGAAACGGAACGUGAGGUGGAUAAAAUUUCGAAAGAAGUUUGAAUUUACUUUCUUUUGUUUUGAAAAGAAAAAAGAAUAAUGUUGUGUUAAAAAAAAAGAAGAAUAAUGGACUUGUUGUGGAAUAUUCUUAUCAUAGCUACAGAGAAUGCAUAUUAUCUGUAAACUGAUAAAUGAAUAAGAAUAUAGAACCAUAAGUACGGCAUGUUCAUUGUUUAGUUAUCACCACCUAUAUUAUUCAUGGAUCACCAGUUCGCCCCUAUACUUUUCCAGUAUUUACCAUCAAGUCACUGUAUCUAUAAGAUAUAUUGUUAAAAAAAUAUUAAUCUUCCCGUUUUUGUGGAGGUUUAUCUUUUUCUUCCGUGUAAAGAAAACAAGCUGGGUAGUGGGUACCAAAAAAAAAAUAAGAGAAAAUGUAAGACUUAACCAAAGAGGACAUAGAGUUCUCAGUAGUCUAUAAAUAUACCUAUUCUCAUACUAACAGAGAAAGAGCAUUAAGUGAUAUCACAUUCCUCCAUAAGCUUUUUAUAAAAUCAUCAUCCUCUGCUUUUGAACCCUAAGGAAGGAGACGAAAUGGCCACGGACGCGUACGAAGCCGCCAUCAAAGGACUUAAGGAUCUUCUCAGUAAGAAGACAGAUCUAGGGAACGUGGCCGCGGAGAAGAUCAAAGAGUUGACUCAGGAGCUUAAGGAGCUUGAUUCCAGCAACUCUGACGCCGUUGAACGUAUCAAAUCCGGUUUCACCCAUUUCAAAACUCAGAAAUACUUGAAGGACAGUGCUCGGUUCAAUGAUCUUGCCAAGGGUCAGAGCCCAAAGUUUCUGGUAUUCGCUUGUUCUGAUUCUCGAGUGUGUCCAUCUCACAUCUUGAAUUUCCAACCUGGCGAGGCCUUUGUUGUCAGAAACAUUGCAAACAUGGUUCCACCUUUCGACCAGAAGAGACAUUCUGGCGUUGGUGCCGCCGUUGAAUACGCAGUUGUACAUCUCAAGGUGGAGAACAUUGUGGUGAUAGGCCAUAGCUGUUGCGGUGGGAUUAAGGGUCUCAUGUCCAUUGAAGAUGAUGCUGCACCAACUCAGAGUGACUUCAUAGAAAAUUGGGUGAAGAUUGGUGCAUCAGCAAGGAACAAGAUCAAGGAGGAACAUCAAGACCUCGACUACGAUGAACAAUGUAACAAGUGUGAGAAGGAAGCUGUGAAUGUGUCGCUUGGAAACUUGCUUUCAUACCCCUUUGUGAGAGCUGCAGUGGUGAAGAACACACUUGCAAUAAGAGGAGCUCACUACAAUUUCGUCAAAGGCACAUUUGAUCUCUGGGAGCUCGAUUUCAAGACCACCCCUGCUUAUGCCUUCUCUUGAACAUAACUCUUGUGAGAUCACAAAAGCUUUGACUGCAUCCUUUCUUUCUUUCUCAUGUUGAUUCUGAUCUCAACUUCUCUUGGUUUGUUUCUUAUUUUCAAUCUUGCAACUUUGCUGCUUCUGUCUCAAAGAGCUGUAAACAAUAAUACUCUGAAAAACCUUUGAAUCUUAUUUAUUUUAUCUAA